UAUGAAGGCGGCAAAGAAGAGGUCGCCGACAAUGAUGAAGUCGUUGAUGAACGCGCCGACCCUCCAGCUCCGGCACUUGAGCAUGACGAAGACGAAGUGGAAUUAGAUGAUGGUGAAGGCGUUCCACGUAAGGCAAAGCGGAAGAUAGAACAGUGGGGUGAUCUGAUGACUUUUGACUUCGUCGACGUGCGAGAUGCUAAAGACAGAGGCGUGGGCAUGGAUGACGACGCACGCGAGAUCCUCGUCAUCAGGGAUAUCGCCACGAAGGUAGUGGCGGCGUACCCAACUGCGUCGAGGAGCACCGACGAUGUGGUGAAAUGCCUCCAGCGAUUCAAAGGCAAGCGCAAGAUCAAGAUGGCAUACAGUGAUGAGGCAGGAGAGUUCACCGCGGCUGCCGAUAGAUUGGGCAUCAUCCUGGACAACUCACUUCCAGGGCGUCCGCGCAACAACUCGAUCGCAGAACGAACUAAUCAGUUCGUUCUGGAUACCACAUCUACCUGUCUACUGCAGGCAGGUCUCCCCGCCAGCUAUUGGCCUUACGCCAUUAACUGUGUCACUCACAACCUGAACAUCGAGGACGAAGUCUACGAAUUGGAAGGGAAGGGUACGAAGCGUGCCAAGAUGAUACCCGAGGAAGAGCAGGACAUCCUUGAUGGUAUGACCGAUGACGAAGGCGGAGAUGAUCGUGGCGGUGACGGACCAUCCGGCGACGGAGCAAAGACGAAGAAGAGCAUUGAUGCUCCACCUCGCCCCGACACUCCAACAGAACCACCUGAUGACCCAG